GUCGUCGUUCCACUCUAAUUAUUGUCAAAGAUUAUCGAAGAAUUCGUAGUCGGUGAGAUCAAUAUGGCAGCCGCCGCCUCCACAGUUGCCCCCGCCGCUGCCCAGCCCCUGGUCAGACUUUCCGUCUCCUCUCAUGGCUCCCGAUCCUCUGAUCGCCUCAUCCUGGGGGUCACUCUCAGCUCGCUUGCUAACCGCUCCCUUAGGUCAUCUCCGUCGACACUUCGUCUUCUCCGCUGCAGACAGUCGGUGCGUUCGAAUGGGGGCAUGGAUCCUCUCAGGGCUUCUGCAGUGGAGGCAUUCGAGACGGCCGCCUCGGAGACCCUGGUCGAGAAGUCUAUCAACACGAUCCGCUUCCUCGCCGUCGAUGCCGUCGAGAAGGCCAACUCGGGCCACCCAGGACUCCCCAUGGGGUGUGCUCCCAUGGGGCACAUCUUGUACGACGAGAUCAUGAAGUAUAACCCCAAGAACCCCUAUUGGUUCAACCGCGAUCGCUUCGUGCUUUCCGCCGGUCAUGGAUGCAUGCUCCACUAUGCCCUUCUUCAUCUCGCAGGCUACGACAGCGUCACGAUUGAAGACAUAAAGGAAUUCCGGCAGUGGGGAAGCAGAACUCCUGGUCAUCCUGAAAACUUUGAAACACCUGGAAUCGAAGUCACUACUGGCCCUCUAGGUCAAGGUAUUGCAAAUGCCAUCGGUUUGGCACUUGCUGAGAAACAUCUAGCUGCUCGUUUCAAUAAGCCUGACCGUGAGAUUGUUGACCAUUACACGUAUGUUAUUCUUGGGGAUGGAUGCCAAAUGGAAGGAAUUUCAAAUGAAGCUUGUUCUCUUGCUGGACAUUGGGGUCUUGGGAAACUUAUUGCAUUGUACGAUGACAACCACAUUUCAAUUGAUGGAAACACAAAUAUAGCUUUUACAGAAGAUGUAACUGCUCGUUUUGAGGCAUUGGGUUGGCAUACCAUUUGGGUCAAGACGGGUAAUACUGGCUAUGAUGAUAUUCGUGCUGCCAUCAAGGAAGCAAAGGCCGUCAAAGACAAACCAACACUCAUAAAGCUCACUACCACCAUAGGUUAUGGAUCACCAAACAAGGCAAAUACAUACAGCGUGCAUGGAAGUGCGUUAGGUUCUAAGGAGGUUGAUGCCACUAGACUAAACCUUGGAUGGGCACACGAGCCAUUCCAUGUACCUGAGGAUGUGAAGAAUCAUUGGAGCCGACAUGUUGUACAAGGUGCUGCUCUGGAAGCUGAAUGGAAUUCCAAGUUUGCAGAGUAUGAGAAAAAAUACAAGGAUGAAGCUGCUGAGCUGAAAAGUAUCAUGUCAGGGGAAUUGCCUAAUAGCUGGGAGAAAGCUCUUCCGACAUACACACCAGGAAGUCCUGCAGAUGCUACUAGAAAUCUUUCACAGCAUUGCCUGAAUGCACUUGCCAAAGUACUCCCAGGUCUUCUUGGUGGUAGUGCCGAUCUUGCAUCUUCUAAUAUGACAUUAUUGAAAAUGUUUGGAAACUUUCUGAAGGAAACUCCUGAGGAACGGAAUCUUCGGUUUGGUGUUAGAGAACAUGGGAUGGGUGCCAUCUGUAAUGGCAUUGCUCACCACAGCUUUGGCCUUAUCCCAUAUUGUGCCACUUUCUUUGUCUUCACUGACUACAUGAGAGCUGCCAUGAGGAUCUCAGCCUUGUCUGGAGGAGGAGUUAUUUAUGUCAUGACACACGAUUCCAUUGGACUUGGAGAAGAUGGACCUACCCAUCAGCCAAUUGAGCAUUUCUUAAGUUUUCGUGUCAUGCCAAACAUUCUGAUGCUUCGGCCAGCUGAUGGAAAUGAGACUGCUGGAGCAUACAAAGUUGCAGUGCUCAAUAGAAAGAGGCCAUCGGUCCUUGCUCUGUCCCGACAGAAGCUUCCUCAGCUUCCAGGAACCUCAGUUGAAGGAGUUGAGAAGGGGGGAUACAUUAUUUCAGAUAAUUCAUCCAGAAACAAUCCUGAUCUCAUUUUGAUAGGCACUGGUUCAGAACUGGAAAUAGCUGCCAAGGCUGCUGAGGAGCUAAGAAAGGAGGGGAAGACAGUUCGAGUAGUAUCUCUUGUUUCCUGGGAGCUUUUCGACGAGCAAUCAGAUGAAUACAAGGAGAGUGUCCUUCCUGCUGCUGUGACGGCUAGGAUUAGCAUUGAAGCAGGUGUCACUCUUGGGUGGGAAAAAUUUGUUGGAAGUAAGGGCAAGGCAAUCGGGAUUGACAGGUUUGGUGCGAGUGCUCCUGCUGGGAGAAUAUACAAGGAAUUUGGUAUAACUGCAGAAAACAUAAUCACAACAGCAAAAUCUCUCUGAUGUUGGAACAUCAAAUCUGUCUCUAUCUACUAAAAGAAGAGCUCCAAAUUCAGAACCUGUUUGGAAAAACUCUUGUUGAAGAGUUCUGCUUAGAGGGAUCGAAGACUGGCCUUUGAACCAAUAAUAAAGUGGCCUUGAGUUGUUUCCUAUAGUUUGUAAUGCAUUUAAUUACCUUGUGUUUCCAAUUCGCUAUAGUUUGUGAACCAAUAAUAAAGUAGUAUUUCAUGAAUGAAAUCGUUCAAUGGAUUAA